AUGGCGGCGGGCGAUGCGGUGCUCUUCCGGACGCUGCACAAGCCCCGCGUGGCCAUCCGCGCGGAGGCCUCCACCAAGGCGGAGAUCGUGCACGUGCUGGUGGCCUCGGAGAUUUUCAAGGUCUCAGAGGAGCUGCCCUCGGGCUGGGUGAAGUUGGCGCCGGAGGAGGCGUGGGUCCGCGCCGUCGAAACAGGCUACGUCCUAUGCGAUGGCCGGGAGAUUGGUCUCGGAAAGCUCAUCGAGCCGGUACCAAACGAGGAGGCGAAGGAGGAACUGUGGCCUUACGCAGCAGCCAUUAGUAUAGCUGCUGUCCUACGCGUACCUUUCCAGAUGAAGGGCGACGGACUGCGUCCCCAACCGCGCGAGAAGCUGCCGCGGCUGUGGCUCAGCGCCUGGCAUACCCAGGCAGCGGAGGAGGUCAAAAGACCCCUGCCGAUGCGUGGCACAGCACCCAGGCUGUCCCUCGCAGUGCUCUUGCGGGGGACCCCAGCCACGACGGUAAGGAGCUUCGUGCAGUACCACUUGGCCAUUGGGUUUGGCCUGAUCUUCCUUUUCUUUGAUGCCCCUGAAGAGCCAAAGGAGCGCGAGGCGAUAGCGGCUGCUCAGUCUGUGGCCGCAUCCCAAGGCGGCAUCAUCGUCCACUUGUGCACUGAGGAGUGGUGGCAAUCCAUGCUUCUCAGCUCGCGUUUCGCACAGCGUCGACAUCAGAGCGCAUUCUGCGAAGAGACCAUGCAGCUCUUCGAGUCCGUCCGGGAUGUGCAGAGCCGUCAGUGCCUGGCUGUCGACGCAGCCGCCCGCGAGGCGCAGAAGCAGGGCUACGACUGGUUGCUCCACAUUGACUCGGACGAGGCAUUGCAUCUGCCAAAGCACGCGGAUGCAAGAAGUUUCUUUGCCGAGCUGCAGCCGGAUGUGAACCAGGUGGUCUUCAACAACCUAGAGGCAGUUCCAGAGUCCUUUGACAUUGAGGAUUGGUUCAGAGAUGUCAGCCUCUUCAAAGUGCACCAAAACCUUCUCUGCGACACCACGGAGACCAGCAGCAGCAAGAAGUAUCUUGAGAAGCUGGAGAGGUGGCGUCAGCGGCAGCUUGCCAAGGGAAUGGAUCGCGAAGAUGUCCGAACCAACCGCAGCUUUGACAGCGCGCUGCUGCCGGUGCGGAUCGCGCGGCGGAGGACGGUUCAAGAGCUCCGUAUCGUGCUCCCCCCACAGGAGGAGGGAGAUGAAGAGCCCUUCGAUUCCGACGAGGAGCCAAGCCAAGCAGCGCGCAAGGCCGAGUUCGAAGACUUGCCAUGUUACUUUGUGGCCUACGGGAACGGGAAGGCUGCGUGCCGCUUGACAUCUCCACCACCUCUGCCGGUGGGUGUGCAUCGGUUCGGCUCAGACAGAAACGAGAGGCUCCACAGCCACCGAUGUGGUGGCCGCGGGGCACCAGUGGUCCUUCACUAUGCGAACUGUGGCUACAGCGCAUGGCAACAGAAGUAUGCGAUUCUGGCCCGCGGACACGGAACCGAGGAUGGCGGCUUCUCCAUUGAGCGCAAGGGCAUCAAGUCCAUGCGGGCUCACCUGGCCCACCGCGCCCUCUGCCAACGCGGCCAGGAAGAAGACCUGAGAAAGUACUACCGCACCUACAUCAUGGGCAACGAGUUUGGCGAGCUGCCACACUUUGCCAACGCUGCCCGCCAAAUGAUGGUGCAGUGCCCGCCGAAUGCAUCCGCGGGGGAAACGCUGCAGGUUACCAGCCCAGAUGGCUUUGACUUCCAGGUCACAGUACCACUCGGAGUGGCGCCCGGCCAGCAGUUUGCCGUGGCCUACUGA